AAGCCGCCGGUCGACUUCCGCUUUCCCCAAGUAAACAUGGCGCUGGCCAGCGUGUUGGAGAGGCCGCUGCCUGUGAACGGCGCCGGAUUUUUCGGGCUCGGGGGUCGCUCGGACCUGCUGGACCUGGGUCCGGGGGGGCCCGGAGAUGAACUGUGCCUGGCGGCUCCCGGCUGGGGGGCCCCGGACGAGCCGGGAAUCGAGCUUCUUCACGGAACCACCACCCUGGCCUUCAAGUUUCAGCAUGGCGUGAUUGUUGCCGUGGACUCACGGGCCACAGCUGGUGCUUUUAUUGCUUCCCAGACAGUGAAGAAGGUGAUUGAGAUCAACCCUUACCUACUAGGCACCAUGGCGGGGGGAGCUGCGGAUUGCAGCUUCUGGGAGCGCCUGCUGGCCCGACAGUGCCGGAUCUACGAGCUGCGGAACAAGGAGCGCAUCUCUGUGGCUGCUGCCUCCAAGCUGCUGGCCAACAUGGUCUAUCAGUACAAAGGCAUGGGGCUGUCCAUGGGUACCAUGAUUUGUGGCUGGGAUAAGCGAGGGCCUGGCCUGUACUACGUGGACAGUGAGGGAAACCGUAUCUCUGGAACCACCUUUUCUGUGGGCUCAGGUUCUGUCUAUGCUUAUGGGGUUAUGGACCGGGGCUACUCAUUUGAUCUAUCUGUGGAAGAUGCCUAUGACCUAGCUCGGAGAGCCAUCUACCAGGCCACCUAUCGGGAUGCCUACUCAGGAGGUGUGGUCAACCUUUACCAUGUCCGAGAGGAUGGCUGGAUCCGAGUCUCCAGUGACAAUGUAGCUGAUCUGAAUGACAAGUAUCAGGGAGCAGCCCUCUGAAGGAGGUUGGGGGGAGUUGCUUUCUGAGUUUCUUGGGGUGACUGAUGUUUGAUGCCAGGGAUACAGAGUUCACCGUCCAGAACUGGAAAGGGACCUGGCUCUUUUUCUUGUCUAAGACUUGAUUAUUUUUAAAAGCAACUCUUCAUUGACCUCUGUAUGUUAUUGAUUUAUUAAUAAGCUGCUACAGGAGCUAAUGUUCAUUUUACUUUGUUGUUAACAUUAUACAACUCAACCCCA